AAAAGAAAAAAAGAACAAAAUAGAUCGUGUUCUUGAAGUUUUUGCCUCCUCCGGCCCAAUCUGGUAAUCCCCUUCCACACACCGCCGCAUCUCUUUUCUUCACGAUUUGGGGAUUAAACUCGAAAAUGAUCGGCAUCCGAAAGCGGUGUGAAGGCGUUUGGAAAUACAUUCAGCGUGGCUGAUGGGUUUGCUUGGCUGAGUCGGACUCAUCCAUUCAGCGUGGUUCUGGUUGAAUUUGGAGAGUUGGUAAAGAAGAAAACAGGAUUUGAUUUGAAGAAAAUUUUGGAACAGCAGCCAUGGCGGAAACUGGGUGGGGCUGUGCCGUGGAAGGAGGCGCAAAGGCAUCUAGGCUUUUGUUUCCUUUUAAAUUUUCAUUUUUUUAUUUAUCAAGAGUGAGAUUGAGAUUCAAUUCCUGCUGUAUAAAAGUGGUCGAACGUUUGCAAUUUGUACUUGUAUUUAUGUUUUGGGGAUGAAGUUGAACCAUCACUGUCUGCAAUUUGUUUUGGGGAUGGACCAUCCUUUUUGUCUUAUAUCUCUUGACUCACUACCGUCUUUGUAGGUCUGGAGAUGUAGAAAAGUAAUUUGCAGUAAAUAUCUUUACUAAUGUGUGUAUAAAUAACACUCUAAAUUACUCAUUCCUCACACCAAUCACCUACUUGAUAUCUACAUGGAUAGAGUCAUGAGACUUGUUCCAAUACUCAGCUUUCUUCUAUCCAUUGCGUCUUUUACACUCAGCUUAUGCAAUGGAAACCCGAAUGUGCCUUGCCGAGAAAAUGAGAGACAAACACUUCUUAUGUUCAAGAAAGAUCUCAAUGAUUCUUCAAAUCUGCUUUCCUCUUGGGUUGCUGAAGGCGAUUGUUGCACCUGGACCGGUGUUGCCUGCGACAAUUUAACCGGUCAUGUCCGUGAGCUCCACCUUGCUGGUUAUUAUGAUGACGUGGCUGGUGAGGACCGUAAGCUGGGUGGUAAGGUAAAUCCUUCUCUACUCAAUUUAAAGCAUCUCACCUACUUGGACUUGAGCUACAAUGAUUUUGGAGGACGACAGUUUCCUAGCUUUCUGGGUUCUCUUGAAGGUUUAAGAUAUCUUAACCUCUCGUUUGCAUGGUUCAACGGAACCAUUCCUCAUCAGUUGGGAAAUCUCUCGAGCCUGCGUUAUCUGGACCUUUCUGAUAACUAUGGUUCGAAGGUCGAGAAUCUCAAAUGGCUCUUUGGUCUUUCUCAGUUGAAACAUCUUGACAUGAGUUAUGUAGAUCUUACCAACGCAUCUCAUUGGUUACAAGUAAACACACUCCCUUCUCUGCUGGUCGAGUUACAUUUGUUUGAUUGUGAACUUUAUCACAUGCCAAGUGGUAUUGCGAACUUGACAAGUCUUAAAGUUCUUGAUCUGUCCUACAACUAUUUCAACUCUACCAUACCGCAAUGGUUACAAGUAAACACACUCCCUUCUCUCCUGGUCGAGUUGCACUUGUCGGAUUGCAAUCUUUAUCACAUACCAAGUGGUAUUGCGAACUUGACAAGUCUUAAAGUUCUUGAUCUAUCCAUAAACUAUUUCAACUCUACCAUACCUCAAUGGUUGUACAGUUUGAACCAUCUUGAGUCCCUUGAUCUUUCUGUCAAUGCUUUCCAUGGUGAGAUUUCGAGUUCCCUUGGAAACUUGACAGCCCUUGUUGAUCUUCAAUUACAUCAUAAUCAGCUUGAAGGGGAAAUCCCAAACUCAUUGGGAAAUCUUUGUAAGUUGACUUCUUUUGAUCUAUGGUCAAACAAUUUCCGGGGGAGGGUAUCAGAAAUCUUUGAAAUUUUGUCUAGCUGUAGUAAUUUUGGUCAAAUAGAUUAUUUACAUCUUUCGGAUAAUAAUUUUUCAGGUCAUUUAUCUGAUCAACUGGGAUUUUUAAAAAAUUUACGCAUCCUUGAUCUUUCAAAUAAUUCAAUAUCGGGCCCCAUUCCAGUGUCUUUAGGAAAUCUAUCACGUUUAGAGGAGUUGAUCAUUUCUGACAAUUCAUUCGAAGGCCCCAUUCCAGUAUCUUUAGGAAAUCUAUCAAGUUUAGAGGUGUUGAUCAUUUCUGACAAUUCAUUCGAGGGGGUUGUCUCUGAAGCUCAUUUUACUAAUCUUACAAGCUUGUUUACCUUUUAUGCAAAUGAGAACUCCUUGACUCUUAAAACUAGCCCAGACUGGGUUCCUCCUUUUCAACUUUCUACGUUGGGUUUAAGUUCUUGGCGUCUGGACCCAUCACAGUUGCCUGCAUGGCUUCAGAGUCAAAAACAUUUGUUCGCUCUUAAUAUGUCCAAUACAGGAAUUUCUGGUACCAUUCCGGCUUGGUUGUGGAACAUUUUUUCUGUUGAAAACAUGGGUCCAGGUAUCUUUGUGGAUCUCUCUCAUAAUCAAUUGUCCGGGGAGGUUCCAAAUAUAGCUUCUACCCACAGGCCAAAACAAAAGCAUUUGGAAUUUGUUUAUCUUGCCAUUGACUUAGGAUCUAACCAAUUCAACGGUUCAUUGCCUCUUGUGUCUUCGACAGUGAUUGCACUAGAUCUUUCCAAUUCAUUAUUUUCUGGAACUCUCUCUCACUUCUUUUGUGAUAGGAGUGAUGUACCUAAAAACCUUCAAACUCUUCUUCUUGACAACAAUCUCCUCACUGGAGAAAUUCCGGAUUGUCGGUUACACUGGCCAAACUUGACAGUAGUGAAUUUAGAAGACAACAAUUUGACGGGGAAAAUUCCAAGCUCUAUCGGGGACUUACUUUCCCUUCAAUCAUUGCACUUGCGCAAUAAUAACCUAUAUGGAGAAUUACCCGUGUCCCUACAAAACUGUCAAGAGUUGCUCCUUCUUGACCUUCUUGGAAAUAAGUUUGUUGGAAGCAUUCCGAUAUGGUUUGGCCAAAGCUUGGUGGUUCUUAUUCUUCGCUCAAAUAUGUUCCAAGGCACCAUUCCUCAUGAACUUUGUAGUCUCACAAAGCUCCAAAUCUUGGACCUUGCGCAUAACAAUCUCUCGGGAACGAUACCAAGAUGUUUCCAAAAUUUGUCAUCCAUGGCCACUAAAUUUUCAAGUGAAGAAGCUCCCAGUAUUGAAUUCUCCGUUUCUUCGGUUACUGGUAUGAAUACUUUUCAGCUCUCCUACUCCUACACAGAGAAUGCGGUUUUUGUGGCCAAAGGCAGAGAAGUGAAAUAUGACACAGUGCUUCGUUUGGUAACUAGCUUGGACCUUUCAAGGAACAUGUUAUUUGGAGAAAUCCCUGAAGAGUUGACCAACCUCACUAGCCUACAAACAUUGAAUUUAUCUGAUAAUCUUCUGGCCGGAAGAAUCCCUUCCAAAAUCGGUGAUAUGGGAGCGUUAGAGACGCUUGAUUUGUCUGUGAACCAACUUUCUGGCGAAAUUUCUCCAAGCAUCUCGAAUUUAACAUUUCUCAAUCAUCUAAAUUUGUCCUAUAACAAUCUGAUUGGGCAAAUUCCAAAAAGCACUCAGCUUCAGACCUUUGAUUUGUCCAGUUAUGUUGGCAAUAAACUUUGCGGACCUCCACUGGAAGAGCGUUGCAGUACAAAUGAGGCCAUGCCACCAGUAGGUGAUGAGAAGCAGAGAGAAGGUCAUUUUCUUGAAGACGGUGGUUUCUAUCUGAGUUUGGGGCUUGGUUUUGCAUUUGGGUUUUGGAUUGUUCUUGGUUCAUUGUUGUCUAAUGUGCCAUGGAGCAAUGCAAUUUCUCAGUUCCAAAAUCGCAUUGUGAAGAAGUUUUAUGCGGCAAUCGCUGAACGUUAUUAACUAUUUUGUGCAGAUAAAUCGAGUAUGUGUGAUUUGUUUCUACUCUUUUGCUAUCCAAUUAGAAUGUUACACUGUUGUAUGCUUCUUUGUACCAAUUUAUUUUAUCUUUUCCUUGGUUUUUUCUUUGGCCAUAUAAAAUUGUAAGAUUUGCUUUAUAAUUUCUGUGAUAAUUUUUAAAUUUAUUUUGUGAGUA